AUGCCAUCAUUAUCCGACGAAACCAAAGCAAAACUAUUCAAGGACAUCGAAGAAAACAAGUCGUCUACCUGUGACGAUAUUGUUAAGCUUCGUCCUGAGUUGUACGGCGGCCAGUUUCGGAGCCCAACGAGGAACAGGUACCACUAUCUGCAGCGUAUGAAAAAGGAGAAACCACAAGACUACUACAAGCAGUACGCCCAAGCACAGAAAGCACUCAUCACCAACACGUUUCCAGACCAACAAAAGGAAGAAGAGCCCCAACUAGAGUCAUUGGAUCCUACUGAAGACAGUCCUUCAAAGCUGCAGUCUUUGUGGGGCACAGAAGCUGACACCGACACCGGCAAGUUUGGCGAAGACGCAACAGAGCCAACCAAGGAGAUUCAAGAUCAACGUGUUACCCGCUCAGCAACAGCAAAGAAAAGCAAGACGAAGAAGAAGAAGUCACCGCCAGCACAAGAAGUAGAUCCAAGUCGUCGCAUCCCUCCACCAAUCAAGCGUUCCACCAACAAGAAGAUGACUGAACAAACUGGUCCAACUGGCACACCGGUCCGCAAGAACAAGCCGAAAAUUCCGGUGGGUAUGAAGUCUCCUGCUGCAGCCAUCUCGUCCAAUCUCUUCACAAGCUUUGAUGAUGCGUAUGAGCAGACUGACUAUCAGGUCUCAUUGAACACCGACUAUCCAGAGAGCCACGUGAGGAACAUUGCCUGUACCAGCGACAUGAUCAGUGCUCAGCCGAUGGCUCCGGCAAAAGACCAGAGAGUCCAAUUCAGACUCCGAGAAGUCAGCGUCUCUACGAAGCAACCUGGUGGUGGUCCUCUCAUGACACAGCUCCAUAUCCCUGGCUUCUUUGAUCUCCGCGUUGUCGAAGAAAGGCCAAGAAUGCUGAAUGCAAUGGAGGAAGAAGAACACACUCUUGCCAAUGCUUUUGCUGGAUGCAGCAUCAAGAGAGUACCAGUUGUGCCGAGCAAACAGACAAGAGUCCAAGCUACUAUGAACGGAUACAGUGGCUUGGGAGCAAGCAUGCACAGGGCACUCACCCCCCCCGCAGCAGCAGCAGUUUGCCCAGCAGCAGGCAGCUUGCUCAACAGCUUGCACAGCAGCGCAGAACAGCUUACGGCAGAAAGCUCGGCAGAGAGCUGA